GCUCGGGUUGAUAUUAAAUGUUCAUUUGUUGUGCUCCUAUAACUCCAGGUUCCAUUGUCCUGGUUUUGUUGUUCGUUGUGUGCUUCUACAUAUGCCGCUACUUCAAGAACAAAGGAGAUGAUCAAGUCAGACUUGAAAAGUUUUUGAAGGACUACGAGGCACUUAAACCUACUAGAUUCUCUUACGCUGAUAUCAAAAGAAUCACAAAGAGUUUCAAGCACAAAUUAGGUGAAGGUGCCCAUGGAACAGUUUUCAGAGGUAAGCUUUCUUCUGAAAUUCAAGUGGCUGUCAAAGUACUCAAUAAUUCGGACAGCGAUGGACAAGACUUCAUUAAUGAAAUUGGCACAAUCGGCAAAAUUCAUCACAUCAAUGUUGUUCGUUUGCUGGGCUUUUGCGCUGAUGGUUUUCACCGUGCUCUUGUUUAUGACUUUUUUCCAAAUGGUUCCCUCCAAAAUUUCAUAUCUUCACCAGAUAACAGAGAAAAUUUCCUGGGAUGGUCCAAGCUGCAACAAAUUGCUCUUGGCAUAGGAAAGGGGAUUGAAUAUCUUCACCAAGGCUGUGAUUACAGAAUUCUUCAUUUCGAUAUCAAUCCUCAGAAUGUGUUAUUAGAUGAAAAUUUCACCCCCAAAAUUUCUGAUUUUGGUCUAGCUAAAUUGUGCUCUAAAAAUCAAAGUACAGUGUCAAUGACAGCAGCAAGAGGAACCCUAGGAUAUAUUGCACCUGAAGUUUUCUCUCAAAUUUUGGAAAUGUAUCAUACAAAUCAGAUGUUUAUAUUAUGGGAUGCUGCUCCUGGAAAUGGUUGGUGGAAGGAAAAAAUGUUGAUAUGA